GUAUCGCCUCCGUGGUGUUGACUACACCACUGCGGAAACUAUUCAUUCAUCCUACUUAAUCGGACAGCACAGACAUAAGAUACAUUUUAGUCACCGGGCACAAAUAACCUCAAGUCUAUUAUUAUUUUUGUUAUUCCGACCUAAUCGUAUUGCUCGUGAUAGUUAAAUGUUCCAACUUUACGCAUGGAGAAUAGCCUAGCGAAUAUCAGGUGAGGCGCGUGUAGAGGACUACACCUGAACGGAUGGAAUUGUAUUUCCUGAAUACUAAUGCUGUUAUUCUCCAUCCAUCCACAGCAAGACACUUGUUGAUUUGAAUAGACUUCAUCACGGCAGACUGCUGCUUGGGAAUACGAUUUUGCUUUUGUGGGAGACCUGCCGCUACAGAUUUAUCGGAGCCCUUCGGGAGGGUGUCAUUAGUUUUACCCGGGCUGUGUGGUACGGAGGCGGCUACAGAUGGCGAUGAUCCUCGGCUAUUAACAGCCUGACAGAAAGCAGCAUCAUUCCCGCAUCCCUAUCUGCUACCAGGGAGGAGGCAUGGGCAACCAGGUGGAUAAAAUUAAACAGUCACAACAAAGUUACGCAGAAGUUCCCACAGUGGACCCCAACGGGCUGGACACUGAGGAGGGUCCUCGGAUCGGAGUGUCAUAUAUUUUCUCAACAGAUGACGAGGAACAGGAGGGUGAAAACCGUAACAUAGAUGGAGCGGAUAAGGAGCACCACACUGGUACGGAACAUAAACACUGCGACAAGAGCAACGAGGUGGAUUGCGCCGUUUACCACCGGGGGGAUUGUAUUUACGAGAAGAGCGUCAAGACCGCGGGUAUGGAAACCUACUCCCCCGAGAUCCUACUAAACAAAUGCAGGGCAGGUGACCUGGUGGAGUUUGUAAUCACGGGACAGUACCCUCACUGGGCGGUGUAUGUCGGUGACUUCCAGGUGGUGCACCUGCACAGAGCAGAGAUAAAGAACAGCUUCCUGACAGAGGCCAGCCAGGGAAGGAGAUGUAGGAUAGUCAACGAGCUGUAUAAAUUCAAAGCCCUCAGCGCCGAGAUGGUGGUUCAGAACGCUAUGGAACAGGUAGGAGCUAAAGACAGAGAGUUGAGCUGGAGAAAUUCAGAGUGCUUUGCCGCUUGGUGCAGGUUUGGCAAACGGGAGUUCAAAAUGGGCGGGGAGAUCCGGAUAGGAAAACAGCCAUACAGGUUAAAGAUCCUGAUGUCAGAUAAACAUUCUCGCAUGCUGGAGUUCCAGUGUUUAGAGGACUUGAUCAUGGAGAAGAGGAGAAACGACCAGGUGGGAAGGACAUCAGUGGUCCAGGAGCUGGCCAAUCAUUUGAACAGUGUGGAAGAGAUCAAAAGGAAUCCACUCAGUGAUCCAAUAACAGCACAGACCGACCGCACAGUGAUCUAAUGGAUUUAUACACCUGCUAUAAAGAUCUCGAUGGCUCUUGCCUAUCCAAUCACAGACCCCUAUCUAAGUGGAUUUACAAACACACAUUUCAUUAUACAUUUUGAUGAAUAUAAUCUAAAUGGCUUGUUCAUGUCUAGUUGUUAUUUGAUUGAUGGAAGAACAAUAGUUUUAAAGGUUAUUGAUUUAUUCUCUGCCUAAUGAUGUUUCAUAAUGAUUGAUAUGAUAAUAUAUUGUACAUGUUUUCGUGUCUCACCCAGGUAACCAUCAUACCUAUAGCCCUAAGGUUAUCUCAUUCUGAUGAAAACAUGUUGCAGAGCAUGGGUUGAUCAAACAUCGCUUAUUGUACCGUACCAAUAAUUUAAGUCAAGUAAAUUAUCAUUACAU